AUGGACAGCUCCGAACAGCUCCCAGCUCGCGCCUUCAAUGCGGACGCCCCAAACAAUCAUGUGCAUACCGAUUCGAUGGUGACCGUUCCUUUGUCUGACAUUCAAUCCAAUUCCGAACAUACUCAGCCGGACUGGAGGAACCUCGACAUCCCACAAACCCCUGUUGAUUCUACCUCCCCUGAGGUGCUCGAGGAUGAGAGUGAGGAGGAAAUAAAGACUACACCAACGCGAGACGGGGCAAAACCAGAGGUCGAACAAGACUCCAGCGCCAAUCCUACCAGAUCUCGAAGCCACGAUGGAAAGGGUCAGCGGAAAUCUGGGGAUCGUGAUGUGGUUGACUGGGAAGAGUUGGAUAAGACGGAGGAAAAUGAACCACGUGGUGAGGGAUCAGAUGAGUCGAUGGCUCUCCUACUCGCUCGCCUGGAGCAGGAGAACAAUGCGCUGGCCACGAAUCCUAAGUCGGGAUUAUCGAACGUGACGGCUGCCCAGGUUCACCAGAGACAGUCCCGAUCGCAGUCUCUGCACCACAUCAGGCGAUUGAUCCACGAUGACCCUCGAUCAUCCUUGCGAUAUUCACAACUGCCUACCCCACCGAUGACCGAAUUGGAAUUCUGGGCAGCGCUGGUGGCCGAUUACCCCCAAACAGCCCAGCGACUCCCGACCCUGACCUCGAACAAGAUCCGUGGGGGUGUUCCACCUCCACUGCGAGGAGUAGUCUGGCCCAGCUUGUCUGGUGCCCGGGAUGCGUCGCUCCUUGUCGAGUACCAGAGACUCUGUGGUGAGACUAGCCCGUAUGAAGGUCUGAUCGGGAAAGACAUUGGUCGGAGUUUUCCCAAUGUGGAGAUGUUCCGAGACCCUCAUGGUGAAGGGCAGCAGAUGCUUGCCCGAGUCCUGAAGUGCUUCAGUCUUUACGAUACCAAAAUUGGCUACUGCCAAGGUCUAGGCUUUGUCGUUGGGCCCCUGUUGAUGCACAUGACGGAUGCAGAAGCAUUCUGCGUGCUUGUGCGCCUGAUGGAGCACUAUGAUCUACGAACUUGUUACCUGCCUGACCUUUCCGGUCUUCAUCUUCGAGUUUAUCAAUUCCAGAACCUUCUUGCUCGUCACCGUCCUGCCCUAUUUGCGCAUUUGGAGGCACUGCACGUCGAGCCUGUAUACGUGUCGCAAUGGUUCCUUUCUUUCUUCGCCGUUGCGUGCCCUCUCCCGAUUCUUCUUCGGAUUUACGAUGUCAUCUUCUUGGAAGGCGCCUGCGAAACGUUGAUGCGGGUUGCGCUCUCUCUCAUGCAGCGAAAUGAGAAGAGGCUCAUGGCAUGCGCGGAAUUCGAGGAUGUCAUGCAGCUCUUGUUGUCAAGAAGCUUGUGGGAUUCGUAUGCUUUGCAUCCUGAUGAAAUGGUUAGAGAAUUCGUCUCUUUGACUUCACUCGUGACUAAAGAGAGUCUUCAAACCCUGGAAGCCAGUUACAACCAGUCACAAGGCGUUCCGACAGGCAUCACCUUCCCCCAGAUGCAAGCCGCGACCGCUCGGUUUCUGGGCCGAUUGUGGGCAGGCUCAAGCGCUCACAAUUCCGUCAAGUCGCUUUCUCCCAAUCCUAACCAUGGCAGCAUUCGCCGAUCAGCAUCCAAGCAGAGUAUGACUUCCACGCUCAACUCGGUAGAGUCCACAUCCGAUGCCAGCACAGCCCCGACGGAACUUUCCACCGCGGACCCAUCAAAACCACGCGCGAAGUCAGCUAUGACCCAUAACAAAGACCGGGAUUUACACACGCAAAUUGAAGAUCUUUUGAUGGCCCUGAGCGAUUUGCAACGACAACAUGCCGACCUCACUCGAGAGCUGCAACAAGAACGUGAAGAGCGCGAGGAAGAUCAGGAGCUGGCAAAGUUAUUGUUGAAUCGUAUCAAAGAAACCGAAGCAGAUGAUCCCCCGAUGGAACUUAUUAACAAAGCGGACGAGAGAUUUACCGCUGUCGAUUCUUCCAAGCGGGUGUCGAUCAGUCAGACCAAAUAUCAACUUCGCGACGAUCUAAACCGAUGGAAGGAAAUGCAUGAAAUAGAGUCUGGACGGUGCUUCGAUCUGACUCGACGCAUCGACGAGCAUGAACAGGAAAACUCAUCGUUGAGAGAACAAAUCCGGGAGGCAAGAAGUCGGAUUCAAGACGGAUACCGGGACCGACAGCGACUGGAACGGACGAUUCGAGAACUGCGCAUGACAAGGUCGCCUAGCUCAGAGACCCCGCCGGAGACAUUUGGAUCCCCUACCAGCGAACCAGGCGAGGGCUACAGUCCGGGCGGCUUGCGGGAGCUGAAACUCGUGCGAAGCAAUUCGACAAAGAGCACAAAGAGUACGAAGAGCACAUUCAACAAACGUUCAAGCAGUCUUGGCCUCCAGACAGUAUUGGCCACCGAUGACCAUAAGCCAGCAGCCGAAGAGACGUUACUUCUGGAACUGGUGAAUGCGAAAACAGGCGAGGCUGUGGCCAAGCAAGAACUAGAAGAGGUCAAGGCGAAGCUAGAUUCACUACGCAAACUGAUCAGUGGUCAGCAAUCACCACCUCGAACUGGGACGAGGACCGAAGCCCGCAACUCUUUCCUCGGUCCCUCUCCCUCAAGAACCGAAUCCGUCAGUUCAGGAACAGGCGGAUUCUUCAGUGGAUGGGGCCGGCGUGCCCCAUCAGCUAGCACUGAAUACGUUGAGAUCAAGUGA